ACACACAGAGAGAGAGAGAGAGAGAGAGACUAUCAAGAUCACAACCACCACCACCACCAUCAUCAUCAGCCGGCCCAUCAUGGCGUCCCAGUGGAAUGUGUACGAGAGUUUUCAAGCCUUAUUGCAGGCUGGCCCGUACCACCUGGCCCUGGAGGGUGUCCUGGUGGCGUGUAUCCUGUGGCUGUUUACUGCCAAGAAAAAGCCUUCAAAAUCAGUGCGACUCACUCUAAAGGAGGAGGAGGAGCUGCUAAUGGAUUGGAACCCAGAGCCUUUGGUCCUCCACCCUCCCCCGGAUGACCACCCAAGCCUCCACCCGCGCACUGUCUAUGGCAAGCUCAGCAAGUACACAGACAUUGGCAUUGGAACACCUCUACUUAACUUGUCCACACAAAGCUUCCUGGGUCUUGGCGAGAGAGAGGAGGUGCUGGAGGGGGCCCUGUCUUGCCUCCACCAGUACGGCGUGGGUUCCUGUGGUCCCAGGGGCUUCUACGGGACUACUGAGGUCCAUUUACAGCUGGAGGACAGACUGGCGCGCUUCUUCAACACGGAGGCGGCCAUUUUGUAUGCCUACGGAUUCAGCACCAGCGCCUCGGCCAUCCCUGCCUAUGCUAAGAACGGAGACAUCAUCUAUGCGGACGAGAUGGUGAACUUUGCCCUCCAGCGUGGUCUACAGGCGAGUCGGAGCAGGAUUGUGUAUUUUCGCCACAAUGAUGUCGACCAUCUGGAGAAACUACUGAAGGUGCAGGAGGUGGAGGAUGCCAAGGACCCCAAACGCGCCAACGCCACUCGGAAAUUCAUCGUAGCCGAGGGAAUUUAUCUUAAUACUGGGACACUGUGUAACCUGGCGGGGUUGGUAGCACUGAGGCAGAGGUACAAACUGCGGCUGUUCCUGGAUGAGAGUGUGUCCUUUGGUACGCUGGGGCCACACUGCAGGGGUGCCACGGACCACUUCAAUGUGCAGAUAAAGGAGGUGGACCUGCUGAUGGGAACCCUGGAAGGAGCAUGUGGAGGGGCCGGCGGAUUCUGUGUAGGGACGAAUUUUGUAGUGGAACAUCAAAGGCUUUCCGGAUUAGGCUAUUGUUUUUCAGCCUCUCUUCCUCCUAUGCUGGCUGCGGCUUCGAUCAAGGUGAUUGAUGUGUUUGAGAGAGAGGGGCCAGAUUUGGUGGAGGGUCUACAACGCACCUGCACGCACACACACAACGCACUCAAAGCUGCCCUGCCUAAAACUGUGGAUGUGGAGGGUGCUGCCAUUAGCCCCAUUAAACAUCUCAGGUUGACGCAAAGCUCUGUGGAAGACAAAGAAGAAGAAGAGGAAGAAGAAGAAGAAGAAGAAGGAGGAGGAGGAGGAAGAGGAGGAGGCCAUAUUGAGGAAGGUGGUGGAGGAGGCACAGCAGGAGGGCGUAGCUUUGACAGUAGCAGCAUAUCUGAGGCAACAGGAGCGGCGCCCCCCCCGUCCGUCUAUCCGUGUGUCUGUCAGCGCCAACCUCACGGAGACAGAGAUUGAUAGAGCUGCCUCUGCCAUCGCUAAGGCGUUUGAGAGGGUGUUGGGGUGAGAGAGAGAGAGAGAGAGAGAGAGAGAGAGAGAGAGAGCACAAAACUUAUUUAUAGAUUAAACCAAAUAUAUAGAACACACACACACACACACACACACACACACACACACACACACAUUAAUGCCGUGCCUGUAAGAUUUAAGAAUAUAUUUGAGUGUUUUUCUUCCAAUCUGAUUUUUUUACUUAAUUUCUCUGGUGUGAUGUUCAAAUAUAAUAAAAUAGAUCAAUA